GAUGAGCGGGAUAAAGGCUGCUCUGCCUUUCAUACACUAGAAUACAACUUCGCUGUCUCUAAUUAACGUAUUUAUUAGCCGCUUCGAGUGCAUCCUAUAACUUCAAAGCCCAUUAGGUUAGGUUUACUGUUUGUUAUUAUUUUUUAUUUUUUCCCCGCUGCAUGUGGAGCGACUAAAGGGACUCGCCGACAGCAACCUGCCAACUCCAGUUUGAGAGAUUUGGCAGGUUGUGAGAGUAGUAGGCUCUCCCUGCAGCGGCUAGGCUAACUUGCAGGCAAAAAUAACGGCGUUCGCGGUGAGGCUCGGAGUACUGCUCAUCACAACGGGGAGUCACUUCGCCUGCGGGAGCAACGAUGACCGGGAGAAACUGAGCCAUGAUCCAGCAGCAGCAGCAGAAGAAGAAAUCAGGGCUGCCUCUCUGCCAGGAGGUUGGAAGUACAGCAGCCCAAGAGUUGUGACUCUGCUCUGAUAAAUGUCAGCCUGCUCUGAUAUUUGUAUGGGUCUAUCGCCACAGCCAAAGAUCUUCCCUGGCAGACUGAACAAACGAGUUGACUCCAACAGAGCUACGCCUCUCUUCAGUCUACUUGUGGUCUGACGGCACUCACCAACAUCAAAGCUCUCUGUUCCUUUUGCCGUUUCAUCCCUCUGCUUCUGUUUUGAGAGAGGGAUGUCUCUUUUCUAACAGCUCUCAGCCUGCUUAUCUACUAGAUCUGUAAAACCGCGACCGACACUGAACAUGGAGGAUUAUGAUGUUCGCUCAGCCGCCAGCAUCCUGGCCUCAGUGAAAGAGCAGGAGGCACGUUUCGAGCAGCUGACCCGCGCCCUUGAGGAGGAGCGUCGCAACGUCAACCUACAGCUAGAGCGUGCCAAUCUGCCUCCCAACCCCCCCACCAGCCAACCACUACCAUGGCAGCAAGUGGUGAUGCAGGAGCAGAGCCCCAGUAACGCCACAUCCCUGGCCAUGAUGCAAGAGCCGCAGGAGGUGGUGGAGGAGACGGUCACCAUUGAAGAAGACCCCGGCACCCCCACCUCCCACGUCUCAGUGGUCACCUCUGAUGAUGGAACCACACGGCGCACAGAAACCAAGGGUAUAUCAGCUAACGUGAAGGUCACCAAAGUGGUGAAAACCAUCACCCGUCGCACCUACCAUCCAUUGUUGGUAUCUGACAACUUGUUAGUGGAGUCCAGGCCUGCCACACGCACCCCCACCCCGGUCACCAACUCGACCCCCACCCUAUCUGAGACAGACCCAGUGACUAAGAUGGUGAAGACGGUGACCACUCGGACAGUGCGUCAGGUGCCCCUCGGCCCCGAUGGCUUGCCGCUGCCUGAAGGCACGUCCCCGCUGGGCAGCUACACCGAUUCCAUUGACCGGCGAUACCUGAAGAAUGGAAGUGACCGCUUCAUAACGCCUCAAGCAACCUCAACCCUGACGCGCUCCUACAACAACUCCUACAACGAUUCAUACGGAGAGACACCGGAGAGCCAGUACAUUCGCCAUUAUGGUCUUCACGAUGGCUACACCGAUUUGACGGAUAACUACGGCAGUCUUUCUCGUGGUGUCAACUACCGGCCGCCGCGGUACCCAUACAUGCCUAAUAGCUACCGGCCGGAGAAUAGCUACACCCUGCCUAUCAGAAAGGAUGAUUAUGGCCAUGUGGCGCAGCCCCAGGUGCCUAUGGGCAGCAGCACUGUGGAUCUGAACCGCUCACAACCAGAACGCUUCCAGCCUGAGCCGUAUGGUCUGGAGGAUGAUCGCCGCAGCUUGGGCCCCGAAGAAGAAGAGCCAUAUGAGCUGGAGGCUGAUUACUCCACUGCCAACCGACGCACCCUGCCAGGGGCCAACCGUGGGCGCACCCACCGGGAACCGCUGCGUGAUGGCCCCCGAGUCAGAGGGUACCCAGAUGACCCCAUUGAGGCUGAGCUGAUCGAUGAGCGCCACCCUUACAUCCAUGGGAUGUAUUCAGCACCACUGGCUCAGCCAGAGAGGGGUAGCAUGGCCAGUCUGGACCGCAUGGGUGGUCGUCGCUCACCUUCCAUCGACAGCAUCCGCAAGGACCCACGCUGGCGGGACCCAGAUCUCCCUGAGGUCAUUGCCAUGCUAGGCCACCCGAUCGACCCAGUCAAGUCCAACGCCGCUGCCUACCUGCAGCACUUGUGCUACGAAAAUGACAAGAUUAAGAAAGAUGUGCGUCAGCUGAAGGGAAUUCCAGUUCUGGUGGGUCUUCUGGAUCACCCCAAGUCUGAAGUCCAUCGUAAGGCUUGUGGUGCCCUGCGCAACAUCUCCUAUGGCAAGGACAAUGACAACAAGGUGGCCAUCAAGAACUGUGAUGGCAUCCCGGCCCUUAUCCGCCUUCUGAGGAAGACCAACGACAUGGAAGUACGAGAACUCAUCACAGGAACCUUGUGGAAUCUGUCAUCCUAUGAACCCCUGAAGAUGGUGAUCAUCAACCACGGCCUGCAAACCCUGACCAACGAGGUGAUAAUCCCCCACUCGGGUUGGGAGCAUGAGCCCAAUGAGGACUCAAAGCCGCGUGAUGCAGAGUGGACCACCGUGUUCAAGAACACCUCCGGCUGUCUCAGAAAUGUGAGCUCAGACGGGGCAGAGGCUCGGCGCAGACUGAGGGAAUGUGAGGGAUUGGUGGACGCUUUGCUGCACGCUCUUCAGUCAGCUGUAGGGAAGAAGGACAUGGACAACAAGUCUGUGGAGAAUUGUGUUUGUAUUAUGAGGAAUCUGUCCUAUCACGUACACAAAGAGGUGCCGGGGGCCGAAAAGUACCAGGACCCGUCGGCGCUACAAGCCCCAGGUUCAGCGGGACCACAAAGGAAGAAGAAAGACGAUGCUGGCUGCUUCGGAGGCAAGAAGGCCAAAGAGGAAUGGUUUAAUCAAGGCAGAAAAAACGGUGAGAAUGACAAAAGCUACGACACAUUGGAUCUGCCUAAGCGCACAGAGCCAUCAAAAGGCUUUGAGCUGCUGUAUCAGCCAGAGGUGGUGAGGCUCUACCUCUCUCUGCUGACGGAGAGCCAGAACUAUAACACCCUAGAGGCAGCUGCUGGGGCUCUGCAAAACCUCAGCGCUGGACAGUGGACUUGGUCCAGCUACAUCCGAGCCACAGUGCGGAAGGAGAAAGGUCUUCCCAUCCUGGUGGAGCUGCUGCGCUCUGACUCUGACAAGGUGGUCCGAGCUGUGGCCAUCGCUCUGCGCAACCUGUCCAUUGACCGCCGCAACAAGGAUCUAAUCGGAAGUUAUGCCAUGCGGGACUUGGUGAGCAACCUGCCCAGCGGUCAGCAGCGACCAGCCAAGAACCUGGAGGAGGACACUGUGGUGGCCAUCCUCAAUACCAUUCACGAGAUCGUCACCGACAGCUCUGAAAACGCACGCUCCCUCAUCCAGGCCCAGGCCAUCGAGAAAUUGGUCGCCAUCAAUAGGACCAGCCAAUCAGCACGUGAAACGAAGGCAGCGUCCCAUGUGCUGCAGACAGUGUGGAGUUAUAAGGAGCUGAGGAACGCGUUGGCCAAGGACGGGUGGAACAAAAGCCACUUCCAGCUCACUGUGACGGCCACUCCUAAAGCAACCAAGAACGGCAAGCCGGGCUACGAUGACACCACUCUGCCGCUGAUGGAGAAGAACCAAGGCACCAGGAAAUGUGGCAGUGGUGAUAUGAUACCUAUGGAUGAGCUGGGCCCAGAUGGUUACUCUACCAUUGACCAGAGGGACAAAGACUGCAAAUACAAGACCGGCGACGGUUCGGUGGACCUGACAGAACGGGAACCAUUAAAGAAUGACACAAAUAGGAAACACUAUAUCAGGAGUAACAGGCCUGCAGUCAGUCUGGUGGACGCUUGUGAUGUUAAGCCCCAGCCUGUUGACUCCUGGGUCUAAAUGCAUGCAUGGCUUAAAAUAGCAACUCUGUGACGCUAGAAGAGGAUCUCCCAUAUCACCACUGCCAUUUCACAUGGAACUCAUCUUUGGAGUUGGACUUUGUACAGAAAAAGGGGAUUUCACAAAAAAAUAACGAUCACAACGGCAACUACCCAGCAGCAGCCAGCAUUCAGUCAUGCUUUUCAGAGAAAAUUUAAAAAAGAAAAAGAGACUACUCCUACUACUUUGUCAUAUCAACAUUCCCACUGGACAUCAUGUGAGUUUUACAGUUCUGACUCUUGUUGAGCACAACCAGUGACAAAAAACAGACCGAGACCAAUGCCGGCGGAACGAUGGAUAUGUGAUGGGGAAAGUGAAGUAAGCAAAGAAAGGAGAAAUGGGAUGUGUGUUGGAGAGAAACCUGAUGGAGGAAUAAAAUGUUUUUAUUUUAGCCUGCAUCAAAUUUUGUAGGUUGUGGAGAGUAUCAGAGUCUGGUAUUUUGAUGUGAUGGGUUGGAACAGAUGUGUUUGAAGGUCACCGAAUGUUCGUUUGAUGGGAUGGAAAAGGAAAGAAAGCGAGCCUAAGAAGAACUGUAGCAUAGUGGCAAAACGUGUACUCCCAGCAGGACCCACCAUGAACUUAAAAUCCAUUUGGGUUCACUGUGUUUUUUGAAGAAAAAAAAAGUUAUAUAAAGUUAUUUCAAAGCCUUGCUUUGAUAUCAAAUGUGUCAAACUGGUGAUUGAUGUCCAUUUUUAUAAAGUCUGAGGAGUCUGCAAGUUCUAGUCUGGAGGAAGGCAAGUGACAUAGUGAGUACACGGGAUGAUGUUUCUGUUUGCACUGCAUCACAAAAGUAAGAGAAAAUGGAAACAAAAGCAACAAAGACUUCCUGUUUAACUGUGGUCGACACAAAUGAGCCAGGCGGCGUGUCGACUUUUCUUCACAGAGCCGUGAUUACGUGUGUAACCACCAGGUUUGCGUAGUGAUGCAGUUUCAUGGUUUCCCAGCUGGUUGCUGUAUGUCAAUGAUGUGUAUUAAAGAGGAUAUAAGAGUUUUUGUUUAUAAAUGAUUUGUGCUUUUGAAAAGACAGGCAUAAGUUCUUUUUUGUUGGAAAGAUGGAUCCAAAAAGGAUUUGUUUUUGUUUUUUUUGUUGUUGUUGGGUUUUAUAUAAAUGUAUAUUAGGCUCAAAAGGAACAAAAGAAAAGAAAAGAAAAAGAAAAAUGAAGGAGAAAAUGACAUUUACUGACUUCUUAGUUGUAUAUUAAUAUCACAUUGUUUGGAAAGCACAUCUCAUUUGAUAGAAGUUCAUCAUGUUUGUAAGCAAGAAAUAACCACGUAACUUAAAUGUGUGUCAGUUAUCGUUACACAGCCGAUCACCUAUUUAUAUUUUGUGUUUAAAAAAAAAUGUUACAGGAAAAACAAAAUUUAUCUGCAGUUUUCUUUAUGAAGGCGAUGCAUCUGUGUUUGACUUCAUCUCUCUGGAGGGGUCAGAGGUCACACAGCUUGAUAAGAGGUGGCAGUGUUAAUCAAAGUCGCGUUUCUUUCCCCAAGCAAGUACCAUCGACUCUCCGACACCAGUACAUCUUAAAGAGAAAUAUUCAGUCGUGAGCAUGAAGAAAAAUCUGUACAGAUGUUUAUAUUCUAUUCUUUCCAAGUGCCAGGUUUUGUUUUUUUAAUUUUGUCGUCUUUUUAUUUGUGUGUGACGUCAUUCGGAUAUUAACUAAGUCCUUCGUGUGCAGGAAGAGUGUGCAGGUGGAUGAUUAGGUGUGGUUAGAGGCAAAACAACAACAAAAGAAGGUUGCAUCCCUCUGUACAAAUUCAAACAUCAAGUUUGACCAUAUAGUAUAUAUUUUUACAGCGUUACAGGGUGGGCAGCUGAGAUGCAAGAAAAGGGCCGUGGAAGAGAAUCCAAUCUGAGGUUGUUUCACUCGUGCGUCAUCAAGGCGAAUGGCAUGUGCCUGCGUUCAAGUAUGACUUUUCUUUGUGACGUAUGUGACUCUAUGAAGCUUGCAUAUUUUACACAGUGUUUAUAAAGAUGUACGUUGUGGUAAAAAUCAAUGAACUACAAAACAAACAACUUAUUGUAUAAAUUUUAUUUUCACAAGUUAAAAAAGAAAACACGAUAAUACCCAGCAUCCCUUUCGUGUGUGUGUGUCCUCAGACGUGUGUGCUGUCAUUAGACCCACAUGACUGUCUGUUCCUAACUGCACUACGCAGUGCCACAACCAAAGGAUCUGGAGUUGUAUUUACACACAUUUAAAAAAAAAACAGGGGGUUUAGGUUUUGUGGAUGUGCUGCCCUUAUGUACAUUUACAAAAUAAACAUGGACACACACACACACACACACUAAAUCAAACAGGCCUACCUGUGUAGAUAUAUCUGAAUCAAGACCGUCAAAAUAAAGUAACUGUACUACUCAGUAGCAGAUGUGUUUGUACCUAUCAUGUGCCUUAACCUUUUCCAUGGUAGAUAAAGAUAAGUGUUUUAUAUAAACUCUAUUCCUCCCCUUCAGCUGUCAUCUCUCCAUUCCCUAUGUUCACCUUCUCCUCCCCCCCUGUCAGCCCCUCUUCUCAUUUUUCCCUCGACUCCGCCCAUCACUUCAUGGAUCCUGCAUCAUCACCACCACCACACCCAGCCCGACCCUCACCCACUCCCAGCCCCUGAGUAGUUUAGACUGUUGGUGGCUUUCUGCCCUCUAUUACAUUGUAUUAUAAACUUUUAAAAAGAUAGACUCGUUGGAAGAAUUGGUUUGAUUUCCUAGAGGAGUACAGUUGUUAAUGCUUUCGUAGCGAGCAGAGGCGAUGCCACAGUGACAGAAUGUAUGUUAAUUUUACUAAUACCCAGAGGCAAUUAUUACGCUUGUUAAACAUAACGGAAAAAUACUGGUUUGUAGAAUAUAAAUUUGGUGUGUUUUCAAUAAAUCAUGCCUGGAAAG